GCAGCACCCCAAACUGCCCCCCACUACGCUUCAUCCCCACCUCCCUAAACACUCCCCCACGGUACCCCAACCCAGACCUAAACAUAAAGACACACACUCCCCUACACACACCCCGACCACUGCACCUCUCCCUAGCCUCACCACCAAUCCCCUCACCGUACCUCUCCCUAGCCUCACCACCAAUCCCCUCACCGUACCCUCCCCCAGACCCUGUCCUGCGCCUCUGGCCAGACACCCCCAGCAGGUGUGGGAGGGAGGGAGAAAGCCCUCCCCUGUUUCCCCCUCUUCCUCUACCUCCUCAAUUGAACGAUAUGACCAGUCUUCAUCUAAUCAAGGCAUGCUUCCCCUCCCCCCUAAAGUCUAUGCGGUGGGGGUGGGCCCUAAAGAGCCUCACGGCCUUGCUCCAAUCCCACAUCAACCUCCUGUCUUGCCCUCCAGAACCACACCCACACACAGCAAUGCUCCCGUCGAUGAGCCGCACAUGGACCGAACUCCACCCCCUCCGCCUCGGACCAGGGUACCCAACACGACAGUCGACACGCAGCCUGCUCUGCCCAUGAGAAAUAUCCCCCAGCCACCCCCUGAAAUCAGGUCAGGUCACAGUUCAGAUGACCAUGAGGAUCCAGAUCAAGUCUACCCCAAGCCCAAGUCUGUGAACAUGGCAGACAGAGAUGUGUUCCUGCCGGUGCCGGGGUGGGGGAAGGGGAAGGGGCGGUGCAGUUCUCUCUGCAGCGACGAUGAACUAUUGGAUGAUGACAACGAGCCAAUCAGCAGCCUUCGGAGCUCGUGGCAGGACUAUGGUCUGAGUACGCUCCAGGGUAGUGUCUACCUGCCGGUCAGAGGCAGGGUCCUAGCCCCGCCCCCUAGAGAUGGCCCCUCCCCUGAACCCUGCCCUGUUCUAAAGAUGGGCUGGCUGGAUAAGAACCCAACCCAGGGGUCCCUGUACUAUCAGAGGAGAUGGGUGAAGCUGGAUGUUGACUACCUGAGAUACUUUGACAACGACAAGGAAGUGUACUCUAAGAGGAUCAUACCAAUGGCUGUCAUUACGGGGGUGACCAACGUGGGGGAGCAGAAGUUUGAGGUGGUCACAGCCAGCCGGACCUUUCUCUUCAAAGCCGAGAGCGACUCUGAGAGGAAUGAGUGGGUGUCAGUUCUGCAGGACUUCACUUGGGGCCGCCAGGAGGGCAGCAGGGAGAUUACCUCUCUGACCCCUGGUUCGCCCCUGACCCCUGAACAGCAGGGCUACCUGGAGCUGAGGGGCCUGCGCUCCAAACUCUAUACGGUCGUCUCCGGAGACAAGGUCUUCCUCUACAAGAACAUGGAGGACUACCGCCUUGGCAUCGGCAUCACGUCUAUCGACAUGAACGUAGGAAACGUUAAAGUCACUGACCGCCGCAGCUUUGAUCUGACCACACCCUACCGCAUCUUCAGUUUUCUAGCGGAUUCUGAACAACAUAAGGAGCAGUGGGUAGAAGCGAUGCGUGACGCGAUUGGAGAGGCUCUGUCCAAUAGCGAGGUGGCUAAUCGAAUCUGGGUGGAGCCUAGCAACGGUUGCUGUGCCGACUGUGGCGCCACCAAACCUGAGUGGGCUGCCAUCAACCUGUGUGUGGUGGUCUGCAAACGCUGUGCAGGAGAGCAUCGGGGUUUGGGCCCCAGCAUCUCUAAGGUACGCAGUCUGAAGAUGGACAGGAAGGUGUGGACAGAGGAGCUUAUACAGGUGUUCCUGUUGCUAGGUAACAAGCGUCUGAACGGGUUCUGGGCGGCAAACGUCCCUCUCAGCGAGUUGCUGAGUCCGACCAGCUGCAGCAAAGACCGCCGACGAUUCAUCAGCUCCAAAUACAGACAGGGCAAAUACCGCAAAUACCACCCCCUCUACGGCAACCAGAGAGAGCUCAACAACGCCCUGUGUAUAAACGUACAGUGCAGUGAUGUGCUGGAGACAUUGUGUCUGGUCUUCUGUGGAGCUGAUGUGAACUGUUCUACUGGCCAGGCUGACUGUCCCUCCCCCCUCUCCCUGGCACUCACACACAACCAGAAACUACAGGCCGAGUUCCUCUCACACAACCUCAACACAGAGCUGCCUCGGUUUGAGGUGGCUGGGGUCAUGGAGCCUCAACACUAUUCACCGCAGCACUCCGUCACUCACAAUGGUUUCCUUUUCAAGACUGCCUCUAUGGUCCGGCCUAUCACGGAGCGCAAGGCCAGGGAGGAGUUCAGUCGUCGCUGGUGCACGUUAAAUGAUGGGAACUUUAGUUACUACGAGAGUGACAAGAACUCUACACCCAACGGAGCACUGAAGUCUACAGAGAUAGUCUGUCUGGCUGUCAACACACCAGAGAGACACGGCUAUGACCAUACGUUUAAGCUGUACUCGGACUCUGAGCGUGUCUAUCUGUUUGGAACUGACGACCCAGACAGCCACAUGGAGUGGGUCAAAUCCAUCACCAAGACGUUUAUUCCGCCCAAUGCAGAGGCUCUGUUGAGACUGAGCUUUGAGCGGAUUGGCCGGCUGAAGUACAAAGACGGGUUGAACCUACAGAGCCCUCGGGUUGGCUGGUUCGCACUGGUUGGCUCCUCCCUCCAUGCCUACCUAGAGGACAGUGAGGAAGAGGAGGAGAUACACCUACGCAAACUACAGGAGCUCUCGAUCCAGCAGGAGAAUGAGGUGCUGGUUCUGGUGGAGAGAGGCAGGACUCUGUACAUCGAGGGGGAGAGGAAGCUUGACUUCCAGGGUUGGUGUGUGUCCAUCCAGAGAGCAGCAGGCAGUGCAGGAGACUCUCUUAGUCAGCAGCAACUAACUGAGACUGACAUCCCUGUUAUAGUGGACCGCUGCAUUGACUACAUCACACAGUGCGGUCUGACGUCUGAGGGUAUCUACCGUAAGAGCGGUGUGAACAGUCACGUGGCAGCACUGUGCGAGGCGUUUCGGCGUGAUGCUCGUAGCGUGCGUCUGAAGGAGGGGGAGCACCAGGUGGACGACGUGUCUAACACACUGAAACGCUUCUUCAGAGAGUCUGGAGAGGGACUGUUCCCCAUAGAGGCCGCUAGCGCAUGGCUCAGUACACCUGUGGUCCCAGAGGAGAGCAGGAAGAUCUCUCAGUACCAGCUGCUGCUGAGCCGCCUGCCCAGAGUCAACAAGGCCACGCUACGAGCCCUGGUCAACCACCUCUACUGUGUGCAGCGGUUUGCAGAGCUGAACCAGAUGAAUCUCCAUAACCUAGCGAUAGUAUUUGGCCCAACACUGUUCCAGAGCGAUGGGAAGGACUACACAGCCGGCCGCGUCGUAGAGGAACUCAUAGAGCAUUACACAGACGUCUUUGAGGUGGAUGAACAGCAGCUGAAAAGGCAGCUAGAUGAGAUCACGGCCAUCAUUAAAGUCCGAGAGAAGUUGAACCUCAACUCCAGCGUUCCUGCGUCGGGGUCAGCAGGUGACUUCAUCUGUACAGUGUACCUGGAGGAGAAGAAGGAGACAGCAGAGCAGCAUGUCAAGAUCCCUGGUUCUAUGACGGCUGCAGAGCUGACCUGUGAGAUUCUGGAUCGGCGGAAGAUCCAGGUCCGAGAGAAAGACUACUGGAGCUGCUGGGAGGUCAGCCAGAAGGAGGAGACCGAGCGUCCGUUGCAUCAUCUGGAGCGUGUGUUACCCAUCCUGCACUCUCUGGGUACCGACUCCCACCUGCUGGUCAAAAAACACCUCGCCAUGGAGACCAUACUCGUCUACCUGGCCAGUAAAGUGGAUGUGUCCAAGCACGGGAUAAUGAAGUUCCGGGAGGAGAAGAGCAUUCUGGGAUUGGGACUGAAUACCGGCAGCUUCCACGAGCGCUACUUCAUCCUAAGCACUGUCUCCCUCAGGAUGUACAAGGAAGUGCGGAGUAAUCGUCCAGAGAGGGAAUGGCAGGUGAAGAAUCUGAGGGUCUAUCUAGGCAUCAAGAAGAAACUACGACCACCCACCUGUUGGGGUCUGACCGUGAUCUAUAAAAGUGAAAAACAGGAGAAGCCAGAGAGGCAGCAAUGGUAUCUGUGUUGUGACACUCAGACAGAGAUGAGGGAGUGGUUCUCCACCUUUCUCACUAUGCAGUAUGACGGUAACGUGUGGCCAGCGGAUGCAGUACAAAGACGUGUGACCCGUGCAUUGCCGGUGGAUACGCGUCAUGGUAAUGUGGCGUUGAUUCCGUUGCGUGGCAGCGAGAAUGAGAUGCGGAACAGCGUUGCAGCUUUCACCACCGACCCGCUUGGCCUCUUUAGAGAUUUCUGAUAAUGGGACCAGACAAGGGGAGAGACCACCAGCUAUAGAACCCACAAACUCUUCAGAACAUUCCAGUAACGACACCCCCCCCACACACACACACACACACACCUGUGCCUAUGAACUGGACCUCUAAGCAGGGGCAGCAGGUGUGUCAUGAGGAUAGAGAGACUAUGUCACCACAGUUCCUUUUUAGAACUGCAGUGCACCCUGGGAUACAUGGAGGACCUGGAAGAUGCUCCUGGUAUAGACUGAGAGAGGGACAGACAGAGAACACAGGCGGUUACUGGAGCAGCCUGACAGAGCACAGACUGUGUCUCUCUGAGAAGCCUGGAGAACCUCUGACAGUUGGGAGAUAAUGGAAUGAUCUUCACUGGCAAUCCAGCCUUCACUGUCCCCAUAUGGCCCACAAUAACUCUAUCGCCUCUCUGUUUUGAACUUUCCUCCACCUGUACCCUCAUCUCGUCACCCUCACCUCUCUCCCCCUCUCUUAAAGACUCCCCCAUCUAUAAAUUGUUCACCCCAUCUCUCCCCAGUGUUCUCCCUCCCUGUUUUAUAGACUGUGUAAUUAUUUAUUUCUCCAGCAGAGGGAGCAGCAUAUGAACGUAAGGGGGGACUCUCUCCAUAUAGAAAUAGUAUCAUUUAUGUAGGUAAAAGGUUAAAAUAUUAUGAUAUUUCAGACAACCAUGACCAUCAUUCGACAUUAAGUUGGUUCCACUAGUCAAGUGGGAGCCAUAGGGAUGUGUGUGUCCAAGUUCACUUAUGUAGUGACAUCAUUACUCCCAACUCUAGGCUCUACCUGUACACACACACACACACACACACACACUGGCCCUCAUAACUGUUUUUGGGCACUGUCCUUCAGCCCAAGGAAAGAACUGAUCACUCUGUUUACCGUUUGACUAAGACUGUUCUGUCCUUUCUGUCUGGUACUCUGUACACUUUAAUAAACACAUUUCAGCCAGAACUUUGUGUGUAAUCUAGAUUCCUAGCUCAGUGAUGAUAUGUGGAGGAGUCCGUGAGGAAAGCAUUAAACACCUAACCGUGUGGUUGAACCAGCCUGAUCUCGUGAGCUCACAUUCUGUAUCAAUUCAGUAAAAACAAAACGUGAGCACAGCGGUAAGUCUGGUUUCACAAGGCUAGUGUGACUGACUGGUCAAAAAUGUUCUACUGUUCUGGGGAUGCAACAAAAAGCACAAGUAGUAUAUUCUCAUCAAUGUCAACAUAAAAACUCUCAAUCAUCAUAUUAAAAUGUUUUAACCUGC